CGCGAGCCACAACGCGCGCGAAAGUGACAGAAUAAAUUUUAAAUAUUAUAAGUUUAAUGUAUGUCGAAAACAUAAAUUAAUAGCCAGAAAGUGUUCUAAGUAUUUAAAAGCAUUAAAUUGUGCAUAUGAAUCGACGCUACUUGAAAAGUGUAACUCAACGAAGUCAACUAUUUAGUAUUUGGUUUGUGCGUGUUUGCAUUUAAUUUAUCCACGUUUGCUGUUUAAUUCAUAUUUUAGUGGUACGCAUGCAAAAAUACAGCUAUAUCAGCAAACUGAAAAAAACAACAACAAUAAUAGUUAAGACAACCACAAAAUUGCUGCACUAAUUUUCACCUGUGUAUUUUGUUGUUGUUGGCUACGUUUGGCUGCUUUCGGCUUAAGUUGUGUGUGUGUCGGCAUGUGUGUGUGUGUGUGUGCGCGGUAUGCGUGAGUUGUUAUAAAUAGGCGAAAAAAGAGAGCGAGAGAGAGAGAGCGGAGAGAGAAAAAGAUCACUUCUUGCCUGCAUAGCAGUAAAAAUACACAAGCGCCAAAAGAAAGUGCAAAAAAAAAAAAAAAACACCCAAGAAAUACGAAAAUAUAUAUAUUUUUUUGUAGGGCAACAAAUAAAUUAGUACACCGACAACAAACUAAUGUGCACAUGAGUCAGGUGAAAUAAAUAUGUGUUUAGAAAAAAAAGAGUAGGAAAUUCAAUAAAAUACCGGAUACAAUUGUUAUUUGCUCUCUGCGCGAAUUAAUGAAUUGCCUGCCAUUUGGCAACACUGUCCAAAUUCCUGUUACAAGAAACCAGUUAACAGUCUAACCCAAACCCGCUUGCUCUUAAGCCAAAUCCUAUUGGAGCCGCCUGCUGCAUCCGUUUUGAGCGAAAGUUUUUUAUGUUCGUCUCGCCACAGUGUGCAAAAAAAGAAGAAGAAGAAGAAAAAUAAUAAAAUAAAAAAAAAAAGUGUGCGCAAACCAGCUCUGGCGACUGGCCGCCAGCUGUUGAUCACUGGAACGCAGGAGGUGGCAGCAACAAGGAAGGGGCAAAUGCACACACACAACAGCAAGAAACAACAAAACAAAUCUAGUCAAUUAAUUGUUUGUGCCGUGAAAGUGUGUGCUCAUGUCCAUAAUAAAUACAAUUUUUUACAAUUGCAGUGUGAUUUGUGUUUUGAUUGAACGCAACAUUGAAUAAAACGACAACAACAACAGCAACAACAACAACAACAACAACAUAGGUGUCAGCCUCAAUGCCAUUUGGUGCUCUAGCUCGCUAUUGAGGCAGUGAAAAGCACAAAAGUAUUAAAAUCAAAAGUAAACACUGGCACGAGUAUAAUAACAAGGUGACAACACUGGCCAACGAGGCUGCUGCCAUGAGAGCUGCAACGGCUGCAGCGUGGCUGCAACAUCAACAACUGCAAUCAUCAUAAUAAUAACAAUAAUAUUAUUAAUAAUAGUUGAUGCAGCAGCGGCAGCGGCAACAGCUGCUCCAAUGAUUACAAAAAUCCAGACGCAAGAGACACAACACAACAAACGAGAAUCAAACUCAAAAAUGCAAAUUACAAUUUGCAUGCAAGCGAAGAAGAAGACGUACAACAACCGCAACAACAACAAGGAGUUUAAGAACAACAACAACAACACUGGGCAAUCAGCAACAGAGUUGCCAAGCCUGUGAAAAAUAACUGCUACUAAUUCCACAACAUAUCAGCAAGCGGCGACAAGAUGAUCAAAGGCAUUCUGAUACAGCGCAAAAGCCAGGAGGAUGCCAGCUAUGCGAAACAGCUCAAAAUGGAGCACGCCGACCUGGUGGCCGAAAUGCAGACGGUCGAGAGCUUGCCAACCCACGAGAGACUCCAGCUGGCCAGACUGCGACGUGCUCAGCAGCUGAAGCUGGCCCGGCAGAAGGAGAAGGAAUGGCUGAAACUGCAACGGGCCAAGGGUCAAACGGGCAGCGGGAGCGGCGGCGGCGGCGGCGGCACGGUUAGCAGCAUAUUAAACGGCGCCGCUGGCGAUACCACCCAUCACUUCCGGCAUGCCAACGGCACGGGCACCUUGAGCGGCAGGCGGCACAUAUCCUUUGAGAACAGCGUGGUGCUAUUGGAGGCUGCGUCCCGGAACGAUAUGCCCGAGGUGGCUGCCCUGCUGCAGCACGGCAUCACGCCGGAUGCGGCCAACGAGGAUGGGCUGACGGCGCUGCAUCAGUGCUGCAUCGAUAACAACGUGGACAUGCUGCGGCUGCUGCUCGACUACGGGGCCAAUGUGGACGCGCAGGACAGUGAUAAAUGGACGCCGCUGCAUGCGGCGGCCACCUGCGGCCACUUGGAGCUGGUGCGCAUACUCAUACGGCACAAUGCCAAUCUGUUGGCCGUGAACACGGACGGCAAUAUGCCGUACGAUUUGUGCGACGAUGAGAAUACCCUCGACUUUAUUGAGGGCGAGAUGGCGCAGCGCGGCGUCACCCAGGAGCUGAUCGAUGAGACGCGCUCCUCCACGGAACGGGUCAUGCUCAAGGAUCUAAUGGAGCUGGCGCGCACCGGUGCUGAUCUGGAGGAGCCAGACUAUCAAGGCGCCACACCGCUGCACAUAGCUUCUGCCAAUGGCUAUGUGCGCGUGGUGGAGUUUCUGCUGGAGCAGCAUGUCAAUGUGGAUGCCAUGGACAAGGAUCUGUGGACGCCAGUGCAUGCGGCAGCUUGUUGGGGUCACCUCGAAGUUCUGGAGAUGUUGGCGCAAUGUGGUGCUGAUCUGAAUGUGCGCAACAAGGACGACGAAACGCCUUCGGAUAUCUGCGAGGAUCCAGAGAUACGUGAACGCAUCGAGCAGCUGAAAACGGAGCAGGAGAGCAAACGACUGGCGGAGGCGCAACGAAGGCGCGUUCGACGCUCGCAGAGCAACAAUACCAGAGCCCAAUCGGUGCGUCGCACCAGCCUGCGCGACAAAACGCUUACAACCAAAAAGGAUGCCGUGGAAGAGGCUCGUCUGCGUCUGCAGGCGCAGGAGGCCACCGACACGAACUCCACAACGGCGCCAGCGGCUGCCGAGCUGCCCAAUGGCUAUGGCUAUCACACGACCAGCAGCAGCGGCGGCAACAACAACGUCAGCAGCAACAGCAACAACAACAACAAUGCCGAGAAACGCCCCUCCACUGGCAGCCUGAGCAGCCAAUUGCUGUCACACUCCAAAUCCGCGGAUGCGGUUGACAACAUAACGCUCACAACGACACAUUCCUAUCUGCCGCGUCGUCCGCCCGACGGACGCGAGAACGACGAACAGCUGCUGCUCAAGGCUGGCGAUGCCGUCGUCGGUGAGCUGCAACGUGCCACCUCUGCGGCCGCUGUCAUCCUGACUGACAAGGGCACCGCCGCCAGCGCCGAGGCGGUGCAGAUUCAAUCAUCCAAGGCGGCGGGCAAUGGCAAGAUCAACGUGCAGGUCACAGUGCUAGUGGACACAAACAGCACGCAUCAUCAGCAGCAGCAACAUAGCCAGCAACAUCAACAACAGUUGCAGCAACAUGCGCUGCUGUUGCAGCAACAUCAUCAUCAGCAACAGCAGCAGCUCCAGCAACAUCAUCAGCAACAUCAGCAGCAGCAGCAGCAAUAUGUUGCUAUGGAUGCGGGUGCCGUUACUUUGUCUAAUUUGAAAAAGCAACGUUCGCUAUCGCGCACCGCCAAUGUGCUUAACAAUUUCGAGCUCUCAUCCACAACAACAGCAGCAACUGCUUCUACAACUACUUCUACAACAACAACAACAACUAAUGGUUCUGUUUUAGGAGCCGCCACUUCCGUUAAUCACAACAACAACAACAACAACAACAAUAGCAGCGCUAACAAUAACAACAACAACAACAACAACUUGAGCACUGGACCAAUCGCCAGCCAGCCCCUGGGACUGGGCGCAAUGAGUCCCAGCUUGCUCGACUUUGAUACAGCUGCGCCGGCAGCAACAGCAGCAGCAGCAGCCGCAGUUGGCAACGCCAAUUCGGUUAAUAAAUUUAGUGGCAACACUGGCGAUGUGGUCAGCGACAGCACCAGCACCAGUCGCAAGUGCUGUACGCUAAUGUAGACAGCCGCUGCGGCAAGGAAAACAGGGUAUUACAAUAUACAAUUGCCAGCCGUUAAGCUUACCAAAAC